AGCAACGACCCACACAGAUAUUCAGCUCCAUCUUCGCUUCCUCAAUACCUAAACCUCACAAAUUUCCCUCAAAUAAUCCAAUCCUUUGGUUUCGCUCUACAUUUUUAAACUUUAAUUUCUUAAAAUCUCACAGAUUUCCUUCAAAAAUCUCGUCUUUGUUGUUGUUGCUUUGGACCUUUUGCUGUACUUUCUCAAACCCAUUAUUCAAAUUUCUAAAACACCAUCAAAUUUCCCUGUUUUUGGGCUUUCGUCACCAGCCAUGGCUGCUGCUGCCCUGAGAUCGAAGUCAUCCAAAGCCACCGCUUCCUUAUCAUCUAUCUCACAAUUUAAAUACUUCAUUUUAACUCACCGUAUGCACGCUGGUCGUAUACCCAAUUUCCCAAUCACUAGUUCAAUACCAACAACAAGCAAAUUAGAUGAAUAUUUGCCUCACUAUCACCAUCAACACCAAUCUUUUAAACCCUUUUCACUCCCCGCUGAAGUUGUUGAUAAGGGAUGCGGUUUUUCCAAGAGUAGUAAUAAUAAAAGGAGAUUGAUUACUUUGUCUGGUAGUGGUGGUUAUGGAGAUCCACCUGAGGUUUGGCAGCCUCCUGGAGAUGGGAUUGUUCCUCAGCCGGGUCUUAAGGUGGUCCAGGUAUCCGGUGGAGAUGACCCAAGUACCGGUGGGUUUGGAUCCGAUUCUGGAGAUGGGAGUUGGGGAGGGUCUAGUUUGGGUAUUAGUUUCCCGACUCCCAAAGAGAUUUGUAAAGGGCUUGAUAAGUUUGUCAUUGGUCAAGACAGAGCUAAAAAGGUGCUUGCGGUGGCUGUUUACAAUCACUACAAGAGGAUCUCUAUUGACAGUACAAAGAAGCCUGCAGGACAUUCGAGAAAUGACAAGAAAAAUGUCAUGGAUGAGGACGCAGUAGAACUUGAGAAAAGUAAUAUACUUCUAAUGGGGCCAACUGGUUCAGGGAAGACAUUACUUGCAAAAACACUGGCACGCUUGGUGAAUGUUCCCUUUGUUAUUGCAGAUGCUACUACACUUACCCAGGCAGGCUAUGUUGGGGAAGAUGUGGAAUCCAUUCUAUACAAGCUUCUUACUAAACAUGCUCUCUGUUUCUUGAGACAGAGGCAAGAUCUGCUUACAUCCUCUACGACCCUACCUUCAGGCAGAAUAUACUGGGUUGCUGACUACAAUGUAGCAGCUGCUCAGCAGGGCAUUGUGUAUAUAGAUGAAGUUGACAAGAUUACGAAGAAGGCUGAGAGUGUCAACAUUAGCCGAGAUGUUUCAGGUGAGGGCGUGCAGCAGGCAUUACUAAAGAUGCUAGAAGGGACUGUAGUCAACGUCCCUGAGAAGGGUGCACGGAAACAUCCUAGAGGAGACAACAUUCAGAUUGAUACCAAAGAUAUCCUGUUUAUUUGUGGGGGUGCCUUUAUAGAUCUGGAAAAGACAAUUUCAGAAAGACGCCAGGACUCUUCCAUCGGGUUUGGGGCACCCGUUCGUGCAAACAUGAGAACUGGUGGUGUUACAACUGCUUCUGUGACUUCAUCUUUGUUGGAGACUGUUGAAAGUAGCGAUCUUAUUGCUUAUGGUCUCAUACCUGAAUUCGUUGGACGGUUUCCAAUUCUUGUCAGCUUAUUAGCUCUUACAGAGGAUCAGCUUGUUCAGGUGCUAACUGAGCCCAAGAAUGCAUUAGGCAAACAAUACAAAAAGUUAUUUCAGAUGAACGAUGUUAAGCUGCAUUAUACGGAAAGUGCUUUGAGAUUAAUCGCGAGAAAAGCAAUAACUAAGAACACUGGUGCUCGGGGUUUGAGGGCCAUAUUGGAGAACAUAUUGAUGGAUGCCAUGUAUGAGAUUCCUGAUGCAAGAACAGGUAAAGAUAUAAUUGAUGCUGUGGUGGUUGAUGAGGAGGCAGUUGGGGUUGAGGGACAGGGUUGUGGUGCUAAAAUCCUCCAUGGUGAAGGUGCACUCGAUUGUUACCUGUCGCAACAUACUGUAAAAGAUUUAGAGAUGGGCGUGGGAAGGGCGGCAGAUGGCGGAGCCGAGGCGGAGGUGGAGGCAGAGUUGCCUUCUGUUGCUUUGUAAAUCAUCAUGCCCACAUGGAAUCACCAUGUGUAUGUAUAGAUAAUGUGUACUAACUUGAAAGCCAUAAUGAAAAACAUUGAUUUAAUAAAUGAAACUUAAUGUGGAUGCUUCCAUCAUUGCAAUCAA